UAUUUUAAUUUUCAUUUUCCUCCAACGAUUACGUAUCCACUGUUCCUUCUUCUUCAUCUUCUUCUCCCGCACAUCGCUUCGCUGCUGAUCAAUGGAGUCGAUCCACUGUAAUAGUUUCGCAAAACCUAAUUUCUCCCUCAAUCAGAGCCUUCGUAGAAAACACCUCUCCGUUCUCGACCGGAGAGAUGAUCCUUCGCGGCAAAGGAGGACGUUCUCAGCUGUACGGACUUCUAACCUCUCAGUCACCUCCGCGGCUGCGUCGACGGAUGUUUCCACUUCCACUAGAAACGCCUCGAUUGGGAACCGGAAUCCGAAAGACGCCGCGAUAAUGACGACGGGGAUGGAGAGAGUAGGCAAAUCGAGCGCGGCGCUGGAGCAGCUGGACAUCGAGCGAGGCGUUUGCAUCCCUUUCCGAAAGUAUUCUCCAGAGACUGUGAGGAGUAAAGUGCUGGAAUCAAGAGGAUCAGUCGUCUCUCUUGCUUCACGAGGUGUGGAGAUUGUUUGGAACCUGGGGCUGUAUUGGUCUACCUUAGUGUAUGAUUUUUUGGUUGGGAGGGAUGAGGAAGUCGUCCCGUUCCGUGCUAGGCAGCUUAGGAACCUUUUGUGUAACUUGGGGCCUUCUUUUAUCAAAGCUGGACAGGUUCUUGCAAACAGACCUGAUAUCAUCCGUGAAGAUUACAUGAACGAGCUCUGUAUUCUUCAAGAUGAUGUUCCUCCAUUCCCCAACGAGGUUGCUUUCAAGAUUAUCGAGGAAGAGUUAGGCCAACCUCUUGAGUCCCUGUUUAGCAAGAUUUCUUCACAGACAAUAGCGGCUGCGAGCUUGGGACAAGUUUAUAGAGCUACUCUUCGUGCCACUGGAGAGGAUGUUGCUAUCAAGGUGCAGAGACCACAGAUAGAGCCCAUAAUCUACCGGGAUCUCUUUCUCUUCCGAACCCUUGCCUCGUUCUUAAACGGAUUUAGUCUACAGAAACUGGGCUGCAACGCAGAGCUAAUAGUUGAUGAAUUUGGAGAAAAACUUUUGGAGGAGCUUGACUACACCUUGGAAGCCAGGAACAUUGAAGACUUUCUGGAGAACUUUAAAGAUGACCCCACUGUCAAAAUUCCUGGAGUAUACAAGAAUCUUUGUGGUCCGCGGGUUCUGGUAAUGGAAUGGAUUGAUGGUAUUCGGUGUACUGACCCACAGGCCAUCAAGGAUGCGGGACUUGAUUUAAAUGGAUUCUUGACCGUUGGCGUGAGUGCUGCUCUAAGACAGCUGUUGGAAUUCGGAUUAUUUCACGGAGAUCCACAUCCUGGAAAUAUCUUUGCAAUGCAGGAUGGGCGUAUUGCUUAUGUGGACUUUGGUAACGUUGCCGUUCUGAGUCAGCAAAACAAGCAAAUUUUGAUUGAUGCUGUUGUCCAUGCGGUUAAUGAGGACUAUGGGGAGAUGGCAAAUGAUUUCACUAGGCUCGGAUUCUUGGCCAAGGGUACCGAUGUUUCUCCUAUUGUUCCAGCUUUAGAAGCCAUCUGGCAGAAUUCUGCCGGGAAAGGACUUGCAGAUUUCAAUUUCCGAAGUGUUACAGGCCAAUUCAACAAGCUUGUGUACGACUUUCCCAUCCGUAUCCCGGAGCGGUUCUCUCUUGUUAUUCGUUCUCUGCUUACGCAGGAGGGUAUAUGUUUCACACUGAAGCCUGAUUUUAAAUUUCUUGAGGUUGCUUAUCCAUAUGUAGCAAAGCGCCUCCUAACGGAUCCAAAUCCCGCACUCCGGGAACGGUUGAUACAGGUUCUAUUCAAAGAUGGUAAUUUCCAAUGGAAAAGGCUGGAAAACCUCAUAUCACUUGCAAAGGAAAACGUCGGCCAAAUGAGUAGUAACCCUGCUCUACGAGUUAAGCGUGUGGAGAGCAAGCUUGAUUUGACAGAUACCAUAAAGGAUGGAGCUCGUCUUUUCCUCCUUGAUGAAGGCAUCCGCAGGAAACUUAUUCUUGCACUCACAGAGGACUCAAAACUUCAUGUAGAAGAGCUUGUGGACGUAUACAAAUUGGUUGAAGAAGAAGUAGACAUUCCCACACUGGCCAUGCAAGUCGUGCAAGAUUUACCGAAUGUUUUUCGUGAUUUCGUGCUGUCAUGGAGCAACUCGGUGUUAUCCGACAGAUGAUGAAUCGGCUUCUCACCUUUGUAGGGGAUCUUAAGAAGAGGAAAGAGGUAGUUUAUCAGGGAGGAAAACGUAGAUUAAUACAGUUUAAUCUUCGGUGCAUUAUACAUGUUACGAUAGUAAUCUAAAUACAGCAUACAUGUAAUUAUAUAGAAGAAGAAGCACACACAAAACUUCACUU